ACAGCAUCGCCGUCCGACUAAUGAGUCUCUGCAAAGUCAGCGCAAUUAUUUAUCCUGCUAAAUUUAACUUGAAAACUUUGAUCUGCAAAUACAAGCCUACUUCGUAGGAAGCAUCCAAGAUCAUGACUAACAGCGUAUUGGGAGUACUUCUAAUCCAGAUGAUGAUAUCAUGUCAGAUCGGAUCAAUCCAAUCAGCUCCUCUCUCCUCCUACUUGGUUUCUUCAUUUACCUCUCCUGAUACUGACUCCAAACUACCAUUCAACCACAUCGCCAUCAACAACAUCACAGGAGAUAUUUACAUAGGGGCACGAGAGAGGCUUUACCAACUCGACUCCGAGCUCACCCUCAAAGAAACUGUUGAUACUGGAAGCUGUCCUUUACUCAAUAAUAACAGAUUCGUUAAUGAUAACAAACUCAUUGUUCCUGUGGUAAUACCUCAGAACUAUAAGCUUAUCACUUGUGGAGGGUGUAAAAAUGAUUGUCAGGUGAGGAACUUGGCUAAUAUAUCACUAGACCUUUUCAAUUUAGGCAAUACUGACGAGGUUGCGGCGAAAGGAGACCAACCUUCUGUUGGUGUCGUUGCUCUUGAUGCUGACUUUGAUAGUCGGGGAGUUGGUAAAGCUGAUGGAUUGUUUUACCUAUUCAUUGCGAGAAGUGGUGGUGGUCCUGGUUCCGGAUUCACAUUCAUUUCAAAGAACAGUCUCGUAGACAUUAAAUCACAACAAAAUAUACCAGCGAAUAUCCUUACUGACGAUUCAACAAGGUCCAAACAUAUUAUUUCGUACAAAAAUUUUAUAUACGUUUUUAUAUCAAGACACGAGAAAACUUAUUUAGGACGUCUUUGUCGUAAUUCACUAGACGAAGACUUCGAAUCGUACACUGAGAUAGAGCUACAAUGUACACGUGGUGGAUCUCAGAAUAUUAUUCAAUCGGCUUACAUUGGACCAGCAGGAUCCCAGUUAGCUGAAUCAAUGAAUAUCAACACCACGGAUGACUUAUUGUACGCGGUAUUCUCAUCUUCACCUUCGUCUUCUCUUUGUGUGUAUAAGAUGAUCGAUGUCCAGCAGAGCUUCGAAGAUGCCAUCUUAGGAUGCAUUCUAGGAACUGAAACUGGCAUCGCAAAUAGCUUCAUGUCUGGAAGUAAAUGUGAAGAGCUGGAUCUGAGAACAUAA